AUGUUUGGAAAUGCACUUAAAUUCUGGACUAAUUCGAAGUCUUUGAAGAACAAUUAUCACAUUGAUGCUGAGUCAGAAACCCAUGUUGGUCCGUGGGUGGUAUACUCUGCGAGGAAGAAAGAUUCACAUGUGGUAGUCUCCGUGUUUACAUUCGACAAAAAGCCAUUAAAGCAUCUGCAAAAGCAGUCUUCUAUGCUUCGCCCUCGGGUUGAGUUCUUGCUCAAUGUCCUGCGAAAGGAUGCGUCUACACUUGCACGUUUGCGUCAUCCAUCUGUUCUUCGUCUGAUGGAACCAUUAGAAGAGACAAGUUCCAGUAUGACAUUCGUUACAGAACCAAUUGAGGUAUCACUUUCCGAAAAAUUGCGUUCUUUUCAUCAAGAGCGUGCAGAAUCAAUGGAAGAACUGGAGAUUCAGAAGGGUCUUCUUCAACUCACAGACGGUCUUGAGUUUCUCAGUAAUUCUGCGGGUAUUGUGCAUCUAAACGUACAGCCUGAGUCAGUUGUCAUUGAUGCCAAAGGAGACUGGAAGAUCUGUGGUUUUGGUUAUUCGCAAAACUUGACUGAUGCGACCUUUCAGUUUCCGGAAAUGGACAGUCGCUUUCCAAUAGAACUUCAACAGAAUUUUAAUUUUUUGGCCCCAGAGUACUUGUUAGACGAAGUAAUCUCACCUGCAAACGAUGUUUUUUCCCUUGGUUGUCUCACAUUCGCCAUUUUCAAUUCUGGGAACAGCUUCAUAACCAGUUACGACAGCACUUUCACUUACAAAAAAGAGCUGGAUGAAGCGUUAAACUCAAAGCUUUUUCUGAUGAAGAUUCGCUCUGAUCCGCUUAAAGUUUUUCUAGAAUCCACGCUUACUCGAUAUCCUCAACAUCGAGUUUCCGUUUCCGAUUUACAUUCGUUACCUUACUUUAAUAGCGGACUUUUGGCAUCAUUGCAGUUUUUGGAAAGACUACCCGAGAAGUUGCCCAGUGAAAAGACAUCUUUCCUACAGUCCUUGAAAUCCGAGUUACAUAUUUUUCCAAAAACAGUGUCGUCCCGGAAAAUUCUUCCCUGUCUGCUCGAAACGCUUUCUGAUCCGAGUCUCAUCGUCUAUUUACUUCCGUGUAUUUUUGAAAUCUCUACGUGGAUUACUCCUGAACAGUUUCAAAGCAAUGUUUUCCCUCAGAUUGCGGUUCUGCUAUCUGAAGAGAGAGACGUGGACGAAAGUGUGGCUACGCUUCUUUUAGAAAACGUACAAGUUUUUAAAAGCAAACUUUCCGCUGACACCUUUGUAUCCAAGUACUCACCCUUUUUGGUUCAUGCUAUCACAUCGUCUUACGUUAAUAUUCAACGAUUAGCCCUUACUCAUCUCGACCAAAUUGUUGAUGUGAGUCCGAAUUCAACAAUUGCCGAUAUUGUCGUACCCAAAUUAACCGAUUGUUGUGCUCAAACGAAAAAUUUGGGAGUGAAAGCCCUUGUUCUUGAGAAGCUUAAUCUUCUCGCACAAAAGCAAUACUUAAGCUCGUUCGUGGUUGUGAAUAAAGUCAUUCCUACACUUAAAGCAAUUAAGACUAGAGAGAAUAUUGUUGUUUCUUUACUGCGUGAAUUCUACAAAGAGAUAUCUUCCCAAGUUCCUGAUGAUACAGUGGUGAAGGAUAUUAUACCUUCAUUACUUGACCUGAGUUUCUCGACAAGCAUUAGUCUGGAAGAAUUCCAAGCGAAUAUGAGCUUGACUCGGGGAUUGUUGGACACGUUUGAAGCAACCUUUGCCAAAAAAUUACGCCCAUCACAAACAUAUGAUUCUGUAAAGGGGAAUCGUGGUUAUGUUGCUACUACUCAUCAACCCCAAUCAACAAGCACGAAUACCUCAACUUCGACCUUGCCUCAAACUCAGCAAAGUUUCAGGAAACCUGCCACCCAGCAAUCGCCUGUCCGUCGCGCCUUUUCUUCUCAAUCCUCUUUUCCACCUUUGCUGAAUUCCCUCUCAACGCCGAGUUUGGUCCCAACCAAUGAGUCGACGUUCAACGAAAGUGCAAGCGUAUUCUCUGACUUUGCAUCGGCACCUCCAAACAAAGCGUCCAACAGCAACACUUUCCAUGGAGUUUCGCAGAUGGAAGACCUUGGGGGCUGGAAGAGCUUGUUGUAA